GAGGCAGGUACGGCGGAAGGAGGCUUCAAACGCACUUCACCUCCGCAUAUAUUCCCGACGUGGUCUUCCAAGUCUCUCCCACAACUUCAACCUUAAGGGACCUUUUCACGAUCUUUGUUCUCAUACUCUCUGCACUUCCCUUACCAAUCGUUACCGAGAGCAAUUUUUCUGAUUGCUAUCCGUUUGAGAAAGUCUAGUUCAGCAACCAGCAAAAGGCGUUGAAGAGCAUUCGUCAUUCAACAACCACAAUGUCCGCCUCUCUAUCUUCGGAGUUGUCGUCUCCUUCCUCCUCGAUUCAAGAAUCUACUCUCUACUCCGACUAUGGUCCAGACGAGAAGUUGAAGACCCAGAGCCAAGCCCACGUCAAGUCUACAACCAAAUCUGCGUCCAAGAAGUCUCCGUUUCUCAAGUAUCCGGCUGACAUCCAGCGUCUCACCCGACUUGGCCUUUGCACCUAUGGCAUCAACACGGGCCCAGUACCCGAUGACACAGACUGGGCCAAGCUCACUGUUGCCAUGCUCAGGGAGCAGCUCGUCAUGCGUGAGAUGCCGGACGAUGGGAAGAAGGGUGUUCUCGUUGAGAGGCUCGAGAACUUGAAGACGUACAAGCCUGAGGUCGUUGCUAUCAGAGAAGCCCCUGACGACGAGCCAUUCGGCCCUAUCUCCAGGAAUACCGGCAGCAAAGGCGAGAAGCGCUUCUUCGUGGACAUGAGUGACAACGGCCACGUUGGUUCUGUCAAGAAAGCAAUGAAGGAAGACAUGUUCGUGAUCAAGCAGUUCAACGAUCUCGAUAGUGGAGUCAGCUUCAGUCUUCGCGGGACCGGUCCGGAUACAUACGAUGUCACCAUCGGAGCCAAAACCUCGUGUACCUGCUCGAGCAUCAUGUUCCGACCCCGGAGUAAUUGCAAACACAUAAUCUGUCAGCUGAAACUCCACCGUCUAAGAGCCAGAAGCUUGGAAGGGCAUUGGUGCUAUGAGACAUGACUAUUGAAGGCGUGCGACUGGCUUCGAAAGGGCAGUCGGCAGAAGGCUUGACGGUGGAUUAUGUCCAAUGACUGUUCGCUUUUGAAGAGAGAGUCAUUUGUGGCGGAGUUUGGUGUUCACCGAAGGACUUCAUGGGCGGGAGACACGAACUGAGACGUGUCUCAGAUGUAC